UCAAAAGUUACUGUUCGUUAGCGAUGUCGUUGUGCAAUUCCUAAACUCCAUGUUUUUUUUUAGACGCCAGGCGCAAUACACGUAUUCUGUUUCCAUUAAACAUGAAAUACUUGAUACAAAAUGGAAUACAUCGCCGCUGUGUCUCUCAUAGUCAACACUAAUCUUUUCGAGUUCAAAUAACAUGGAUCUUGACGACGUGUUGCAUCACGCUGGAGACUGGGGCAAAUACCAGCACCUGCUGUUGUGGUUGGUUUGCCUUCCUGCGUGUAUCCCAUGCGGUUUCGCAGCUUUCAACCAAGUGUUUAUGGAUCGUGUGCCAGAUGCCUGGUGCAAAAUUCCAGAGUUAAUGUCGGCUGAAUGGAGUCCGGAAAAUCGCAAGACAGUCAGCAUUCCGAAAUUGGGAUCGACCUACAGUCAGUGUUUGAAAUACGACGUAAAUUACACGGAUAUCGUAUGGGAAAGCGGUGUAGGAUCCAACUUGACAGGAAACGAGUCUACCGUGACAUUUUGCACAGAUGGAUGGGAGUAUGACGUGGAACAAGUUUCCUCUUCCAUCGUCAUCGAUUUUGACUUGGUGUGUUCAAAAUCUCUUUAUCCAACUAUUGGCCUUUCAGCCCUUAAUGUUGGAGGAUUGGUUGGUGUCCUGCUGUUUGGAUACCUCAACGAUAGGAUAGGCAGGAAGAAAAAUUAUUUCCUUUGCUUGACGAUAGAGAUCGUUUUCGGAUGCGCUACUGCCUUUUCUCCAAAUGUUUAUUGGUAUAUAGUCUUCCGAUUUUUCGUCGGCUUGACGAUCCCGGCCAUUCUGCACAUUCCGUUCGUUAUCUGCCUUGAAGUUGUGGCGCCUGCAAAAAGAACCCUGGUCAGCUUCUAUUCGAACAUGUUUUACGUUGUUGGGCUGAUGGGAUUCAGUGGACUCGCUUACGCCACUCCUCAGUGGCAGUUAAUUGCGCUAACAACAUCGCUACCUUUCGUCGUCUACUUCCUUUACAUAUUUUUCUUACCGGAAUCGAUGCGCUGGUUGCUGUCGCAAGGACGCGUCAAGGAAGUUGUCGAAAUGUUGAAGAAAAUCGCCAGUGUUAAUUGCAGAUAUAUUCCAGAUGAAAUUCUUCAAAAAUUCACGGAGACAAUGGAGCACCAACGGGAGCAAGCUGACUGCUUACGCAACGGAAGGCGGGCCAAUUGGCGAGACCUGUUCCAAACUCCCAACAUGAGAAUGAAAACGCUGAUCAUCUCGUUUAGUUGGGUCGUUAACGAGACGACAUACGUCGGAUUGAGCUACUACGGCCCGUCGAUGGGAAACGAUCCCUAUCUCAGUUUUUUCCUGUCGUCCGUUGUCGAAAUACCGGGUUACAUUUUCUGCCUCCUACUCAUGGAUCGCCUGGGUCGUCGGAUGACACUCUGCUCCUGCAUGAUCCUCAGCGGCGUCGCUGCUAUUUCUACAGCACUUGUCCCCACAGACGCGGAAAUGUUGACUCUGGCUCUCUUCUUGAUUGCCAAAUGCACUAUUGCCGGCGGCACGAUGAUCAUCUUCCAAUUCGGUGGCGAACUGUAUCCGACCGAGGUUCGCGGAGUCGGGAUCGGUCUGGCCAGCUUCCUCGGCGGAAUUGGCCUCACCCUUAUACCUUUCGUGAACUAUUUGGGCACUCAGUGGCUGGUGCUUCCCAUCGUGAUGAUGGGCGCAUUCUCAGUCGCUGGCGGCAUCGUGACACUCAAACUACCCGAAACGCUAGGCGCCAAAUUGCCGCAGACACUCGAGGAAGGUGAGGAUUUUGGCAAGGAUUUCCAAGGUUGGGCGGACGCCAUCCAGCACAUAUCGAGGAUAUUGCCAAAGUGCUCAAAGCGCCCGACCAAACUCAUCCGCGAAGUCGUGAAUCUCGAGCAGACUGGUGGAGGUCAUCUGAAUUCUGGAUGCGUUAUUACAGCAGGCGAACAUAUUGAAGCCUUGUAAUGCGCUUUUCAAACUGCGCCAGUAAAUACCUUGUUUGCUUAUGCUGCCAUGUAUAACUACUGUACAGUACACGGUACACAACAGA